AAGCGUUAAGGGAAAAUCGGAAAAUCCGCAGUCGUCUCCGUCGUUGGCAAUGUCGUUGCGUGUGACCUGCUAAAUAAAUUACAAAAUUAACAAAUUAAAAACGGCUAUCGACACAAAUUAUCAACAACUUAUUGUUCAACAAUUGAUAAAUUAUUCGAAUUAGUGAAUUAAACAAUUGGCAAGUGUGCACAGUUAAGUGAAGGGCCAGAUGAAAAUCAAGGCGAAGCGAUGCACUAAAGUGUUGUGGGCCAAAUCAAUAGAAAAGCAGUGAAGGAAAAGUCACCAAUCGACGGAAAAGCGACCGAGACCACGGCGAGGGUCGAAUGCAAAUUGCAGUAGACCUCGUGACGGCAUUAUAAUGCUUCGCUACAGGAAGUGAGUGCAAAUUGCGGACAGCAGAUAGUAUAAACUCAGAUUUUUUGGCCCACUCCAAGUGGGUGGCAAGGCGGAAAAGCGGCAAGAUGUGGACGCAGAGAAAUGCAGUUGGCAAUUGGCUGUUGGUAUUAACAGCCGUUAUCGGAUUUAUAACUUUCAUAUGGAUUCCGCAGACCUCAGCAGAAUGUCAAACGCGAUCGAUUUAUUGCUAUGAGUGCGACUCCUGGACUGAUGCCCGCUGCAAGGAUCCUUUCAACUAUACAGCCCUGCCAAGGGACCAACCUCCCUUGAUGACCUGCAACGGUUGCUGCGUGAAAAUGGUGCGGCAUCAGAGAUCACCGUACGAGGUGGUGCGACGCAUGUGUACGUCACAGUUACAGAUCAAUUUAUUCAUGGUCGAUCACGUGUGCAUGAUGGAAAGUUCAGGCAAUGGACAUAUGUGCUUUUGUGAGGAAGAUAUGUGCAAUUCUAGUAAAAAUUUACACACUAAUGGUUGCCAGCUGCAUCUCAUACCCAUCGCAGUGGCAGUAUCUUGGCUAAUGGGUCAAUUGCUCAGCAGAUAGAAAGUGUUAGGCUCACCCACAGAAAUCCACUGAAAUCCACAUACUCAGAACAUACAGAACAUACAACACAGCCAGAGAAUACCCUACACACUCACUAUCUCUCUUCCUAUCUAUCUAAGCGUAUGAUUUGUAGAUUGAUUUGAUUUCAUUACGAUAACAAUUACGAUUGAUUUGUUUUGGAGCACAGUCUGCAAAGGUCGGACUUCGAGUAGCUUCGAUCAGCACCAAGCGAAGACUCGAAAAACCAAUCUACGGAAUGUGAAUCCAUACCAAAGCUUCCAAAGACAGAAGGCUUUUUCUUUUUUUAUCUAUCACACACAGUAAAUACACCCUAAGCGAGCUUGGGAUGCACAGAGUUCUUGAGAUGCGAGUUUAAUCGAAUCGCAUCGAAGUCGAAUCCGAAUCGAAUCACAGUACUCGUAUUCGGCAUUUGAAUUGCAUGUUGUUGAUGCUAAAGCUGAAGCAUGUAGCGCUUAAGUAGGAAUCGUAGUGGUUAUUACAUUUUGAUUUCGUUGUUACUUACAUUUGUAAAUGCCCCGACCAGAGGGAUAAACCAAAAACCAACGCCAGUAAUCGGUUCACACUUUAAUUCGUUUAUAGACUUACUUUGAACAUUUGUCUAAAUCAUAUGUAAACUUGGAAUAACUCGACCCCAGACACACUGUGUAUAUAGCCAGCCCCAAAAACAUCAAAGAUCAUCCCAAAAGUAUUGCAGUAACCAAGUGGAACAUUUGCUCAUCUUGUUUAUUCCAAAGUCGGAGGAAAACUCCAUAAUGCAUAAACGUUACUUUGUUGUUAAUACUCUGUAUCCUAGAUCUUAGCCAUUAAGCUGUACUCUCGGUUCUCGCUUGGACCCCAAAACCAACUAAAAUCCCACGCAUCAUAUCACGUACCGAAGCAACAAUGAGACCGAACUUUGGUGACCUAUCGAUCUUAGAGUAGAACCUGCCACCAGCACCAAACUGUAUAAAGUACCAAUCACCCUGGUCCCUUUGGUUUAUGUUAACAAGUGAUAAUUAGAUUGUAAGUAGAAGACCUAGUUCCCAAUUCCGAUCCCAAGCCCUAGACCCGUAAAGAACCCGUAUCCCUCAUUAUGAAAUUGAAAUUGAAUCAAUUCUCAUUCAUGCUAGUGAUAGUUUUAAAUCGAAUCGAAUCGGAAUUAUAGCUUAUAUAGUUUAUUAUUUAAAUUUUUGGAAUUUGACUUAAUAUUAUGAAUGAAUAGUUAUGAUUAUCAUCUCGACUAGAGUAUUCGACUUGAAGUUUUGUAUUCUAAGCGUAAACCUUUUCAUUUGUAUAAUUGAAGAUUGGCUAAUAAACAACCAUUUUUACCAUACGUAUAUUUCUAGUAAAAUUUACUCUCAACCGUUGCUCUUACUUUUUAGCUUAAAUUUGCUUUAUCUACUUGCUACUCACUUAACCAACUUUUCAACAAUCGUGCACUUUUGCCCACGCAUUUGUACAAUACUUAACCUAGACUUGGCUUUAGUUUAAAAAUGCUUACCAAAACUAACUAAAAAAAACAAUAGAAAAUCCGUAUCCGUCCAACAGGGAAGCAUGAGAACUAAAUUCGUUGCUUGGGCACAGGUAAGUCACAAGCCAAGAAAAAAACAUACAAAAAUUACAAAAGUCAAGUACAGUUGCGCACCGUUUUCUUAGUUCGAUCUUGCCUCGCUCGUAGAUGGAUGGGAUAUCGGAUUCUAGCCGGCCUAUCUUGGUGGUUCACAAACACACUUUCACUCCUUCCCCGAUCCAGCACCCUCCUGCCUCCCUCCCGCUCCAGAAACCCCAAAACACUUAGCGAAAUUCCCUAUGCAAUGUUUACACCAAUCGUUUUUAGUUUUAUUUGUAUUAUUUCUUGCUUUCCUGGUAUGUUGGUUUGUUCGAUUACAGAUAAACUUAUAUAUUUUAACCACAAAUAUCUUAACGAUUUUGGUUUGUGAAUGUUGACAAUAUUCUUAUAACCAGUAUUUGAUUGAUUGAUUGACGGUUAAUGCGUUCGAAAGUUUAAACAAAAAACAUAAAUCGAAAAAGGCAAUGAACUUAAAAAGAAACACACACGGAUUUUGUAGUGCACAAAUAACAUAUUUUAAUUUAGUACUUUUUGUAGUUCCAACAUCUAUCUCAGCGCCAACAUACUCUAUAUUUCUCUUUCUCUGUAUCUCCUCUAUCUCUCUGUGUAUCUUUCUAUCUGUUCAAUUAUCUUUCACUCUUAUAACAACUAACUUUGAUCUUAAGAAUCUUUUUACUAACUUUCUUCCAAAACAGAAACCACAUAGAACUCUUUCACUAGAGCAACACCUGUAGCAUAUACUAAACAAAUCUAUAAGAGUACACAAAAUCACAGAUACACUCACUGAAUGUUAGCGAAAUAUAUACAGAAAGGACGAUACAGUUACAAAAUUAGCUAUGCACUUAGAGAAACACACAACAAACGACUCAUGAAUAUACUAUAAACCAAUGGUGAAUUUUUACUACUUGUAGGCGCGUUUUUGAACCAUAAUAUUAAAUCCGUUUGAACAGCCCGAUAAUGCUGGGCUUUAGCUUCACAUCCAUAGAUUCCUCACAAUACAAAAAGCACUAAAUUAAUAUCAAAGAUCUUACCAAUAUAGCGAAAUGCUAACAUAAUGGAUUAUUGGUAUUGGUUGAUGAAUAUUGCAAGGAAAUGAGAAAACCAAAGAGACACAAAAAGCCCACAGAACCAACUCUCUAGAAGAAUCAGCAGUCGCUUUUAUGUUUUAAUUUGAGUUAUGGUUUAGUUUUCGGUUAUGAUUAUCCAUCAUGAAAAUAGCAGAUAAUUUAGAUUUUAAAUUGACUUUACACCUCAGCUCACCACGCACACAUCUAAAUUGUACUUCCCGCCACUCACCUCAAAUCGCCAUUUCACCCACUCACCCCAACUCACCACACCAAGUGGCGCACGCGCAGGAAUCUCUCGAAAGGAGGCUAAGAAAUAUUAAUUCUGGAAUAUGCUAAAAUUAUAAUGAAGAGCCAUCCCCCUGCGCACGCCUCUCUUUUCCACCACCAACAAGGUUGCGCAGCCGCGACAGAGAGACUCUCUUCGCUCUCUCGCAGCUGCGCCACGCCCACCACCCACAGCCACCCACGAAAAUGGUGCUUUUUCACAUACGACACCACUGUCUGACUAUAUUUUUCAUCAUGUACGCCAUCGCAAUCCAUGCCACAGUGGUCGCAAUGCCGCGACAGCCGCUCCACAAGUGCCACCAAAUACUAUUUUAUUUGUGUAUUUAUUUUCUCCGAAAAUGAAUUCUCUUGCACUUUGUGGGCGGCAGGCGCGCGUGCAUUGCCGAGCAUCUGAAACGUCGAGGGUAGAUAUGAAAAUAUCGGGCGCCGCCUGUCACCGGCGAGUAUUACCCAAUAUAAAUCGCUUUUGGCCACAGGCGGUCGCCGCCCCAACUGUAAUUGUGAACGUCCGCGCGGCCAUUGCCCAAAAAUGAUUACGUAAUACGAUCGAACGAACCGAAUGAAUGAGCAGCCAAUGAACUAAGGAUACGAAAGCAGCUGAAAAACCGUUGGAUGUUCGGCGCGGGAUCUUGGCAAAUCGAGCUUCUUCUGCUUGGGGCUUUUCAAGAAUAAGGCUUUGAGGCUUUCUUUUUACUAAGCAGGUGCUUCCAACUUGCUUUGCUGGACAAAUACCCGACAUAAGUUACCAUUCAAAAUCGCUUGGCCAAAUCAGCAUUACCCCUACAAAUUGUUAAGGACUAGCGAGUAUAUAUUUUAAUUGUAUUCGAAUAUAAAUUGAGCAAACUUUAAGUCAACGAGCACCUUUGAAACUAUCAAGACAUUGUAACCAGCUAAUAAACAAAGUUAAGCAAAACAGCGAGUACGAAAAGCCUUGUAAGAGAUUAUAAUAAAACAAAAGCAUUUAAAGGAA